UGCUACUACUACUACUACUACUGCAACUGCAAGGCUGCAACAGGUGUCUAUUUUGGCGGCCAUCUUUAUAGUCGUCUUAUAUAUACAAAGUUGUGGACACAACCUCCCAUCAAGUUCUCCAUCAAGAUAUGUAAUGAAAUUUACUGGAGAUUUAUGCAAGAAAUUUACCUCUUUAGGAAGAAAGGAGACAGAUACAUUGGUUUAAGAUACCAGAUAUUCUUGUCAAGUUCAAUGUCCUGGGAUAUAUGAAGUGUAAGAGUGUGUUUAUUAAGUAGGACAUUGAAAGCCAUGAUAAGUGUACACUUUCCAGGAUUAUAAAUAUUGAAGCUAAUUCUGGAAGAUCUCUCGUCAGAAAAGAUACCACUCUCCAUAAGAGAAAGAACCAUUGUGUGUAAAAAAAUUUGGAAAUCAGUUCUAUUGGGAACACCACCUCAGAACUUGAAUGUCCGUUCACUGUGGAGGGCAGCAGUUCAGAUUCCCAGAAACGAUUUCAUUUGAAGCAAAUUAAAACUCACCAUAAAAAAUGUAGGAAAGCUUUGGCUCAGAAAACUCAUCCUAACAGUCAUAUGAGGACUCACAUUGUGGGGAAUCCAUUCAGGUGUAAAUACUGUGGGAAAGCAUUUUCUUAUAAAGCUCAUCUUGACAUUCACAUGAGGGUUCACACUAGAGAGGAGUCAUUUAAAUGUAAUGACUGUGGGAAAGCUUUUUCUCAUAAAGGUAAUCUUGAAAUUCAUAUGAGGGUUCACACCAGAGAGAAGCCAUUUAAAUGUAAUGACUGUGGGAAACCUUUUUCUCGGAAAGGUAAUCUUAAAGAUCACAUGAGGGUUCACACUAGAGAGAAGCCAUUUAAAUGUAAUGACUGUGGGAAAUCUUUUUAUGAGAAAAGUAAUCUUAAAAUUCAUAUGAGGGUGCACACUAGCGAGAAGCCAUUUAAAUGUAAUGACUGUGGGAAAUCUUUUUAUGAGAAAAGUAAUCUUAAAAUUCAUAUGAGGGUCCACACUAAAGAGAAGCCAUUUAAAUGUAAUGACUGUGGGAAAGUUUUUUCUCAGAAACAUCAUCUUAAAGAUCACAUGAGUGUUCACACUAGAGAAAAGCCAUUUAAAUGUAAUGACUGUGGGAAAGCUUUUUCUCAUAAAGGUACUCUUAAAAUUCAUAUAAGGGUUCACACUAGAGAGAAGCCAUUUAAAUGUAAUGACUGUGGGAAAGCUUUUUCUCGUAAAGGUACUCUUAAAAUUCAUAUGAGGGUUCACACUGGAGAGAAGCCAUUUAAAUGUAAUGACUGUGGGAAAGCUUUUUCUCAGAAAGGUCAACUUACAAUUCAUAUGAGGCUUCACACUGGAGAGAAGCCAUUUAAAUGUAAUGACUGUGGGAAAGCUUUUUCUCAGAAACAUUAUCUUAAAGAUCACAUGAGGGUUCACACUAGAAAGAAGCCAUUUAAAUGUAAUGACUGUGGGAAAGCUUUUUCUCAUGAAAGUCAUCUUAAAAUUCAUAUGAGGGAUCACACUAGAGAGAAGCCAUUUAAAUGUAAUGACUGUGGGAAAGCUUUUUCUCAUAAAAGUCAUCUUAAAAUUCAUAUGAGGGAUCACACUAGAGAGAAGCCAUUUAAAUGUAAUGACUGUGGGAAAGCUUUUUCUCGGAAUGAUACUCUUAAAAUUCAUAUGAGGGUUCACAGUGGAGAGAAGCCAUUUAAAUGUGAUGACUGUGGGAAAGCAUUUUCUCAGAAAGCUUCUCUUAAGAUUCAUAUGAGGGAUCACACUGAAGAGAAGACAUUCAAAUGCAGCAACUGUUGGAAACCAUUGACCCAAAAAGAUCAUCUUUCUGGGCAUAAGAAGGCCCUAGUUGUCACGGAGUUUUUUGCUAGAAACCUGGGAAGAAAUGUCACAUUAAAGACCAUAAUUUGUAUUCCUGAGUGAUGCUGGAUGCCAUCAAAAAGAAAGUGUUAUUCAUUAUUCUACUGCUGAUCACAUUUAAGAUGACAUCAGAAAACAAGGUAACUCUACACACUAGGCGUGAAUGAUCUGAUUGAAGACAUUUAAGAACUUUCUUGAGGAAUGUUUUUAUUGUGGAGGCAAAGUGGUAGCCCAAGAGAAAGACAUUUUGCUGUGGUAAUGAGACAGUUAAGUAUAUCUUAGUUUAACCAGACCAAUGAGCUGAUUAACCCUCUUACGCCGACUGGACGUAUUUUACGUCGACAUUUUUUGUCUCCCGUGUGCCGACUGGACGUAUUUUACGUCGACUUACAAAAGUUUUUUUUUAAAUUCGCGGAAAAAUACUUAUAGGCCUACCAGCCUAAAACUUUUGAAUCACGCGCCUUGGGGGAUGCUGGGAGUUCACGGAUCAAGGUGUUGUUUUGUUUACAAUCGUUACGCAGGCGCGCAAGCGCGAAUUUCUUUCUUGCCGCACUAAAAAGUAUCUGUGACACAUCUCGG